AAUGUUCAUUAUUCCUUAAUUUUUGACGUUCAACAUUAUUACAAAUUGGGACAAUUGGGGAAACAAAACUGAACAAAACAGCAGACUGUUUAAAGCUUUGGUGUCCUGUUCUGAAGCGUUCCAGAGCCAAACAAAAGAUGGAGAAAGUCAUUUCUAUGAAUGCGGGCGAUGGAGACUCCAGCUAUGCUCAAAAUUCCAUUUUGCAGAAGAACAUUUUAUUGAGAGCAAGACUAUGGCUAGAAGAAAGCAUUAGAUCCUGGAAAACCAUAUUUGAUUGCGAGACACUGUGCAUUGCAGAUCUGGGUUGCUCAUCCGGGCCCAAUACACUCUUCAUCACUCAAAUAAUCACAUCAGAAAUCCGAAACAAAUAUGCCCACAAAGGAAUUAGGGUUCCUGAGUUUCAGAUCUUCUACAACGACCUUCCAUCUUCAGAUUUCAAUACACUUUUCAAACUUUUAUUAGCUGCCCCGCCGGCGGAAAGAUCUUAUUCGGUGGCUGGCGUCCCCGGCUCUUUCCAUACCCGUCUUUUUCCGUCCCGCAGUCUCCAUUUCGUCCAUUCUUCUAACUGCCUAAACUGGCUCUCGCAGGUACCCCCAGAAAUAGAAGAUAAGAAUAGCAAGUGGUGGAACAAAGGAAGAAUACACAUAUCAGAGCAGGGGCCUGAAGGAGUCGGAGAUGCUUACUUUGCACAGUAUCAAAAGGAUUUCAAUGGGUUUUUGAGAGCACGGGCAAAAGAGGUGGUGGAAGGAGGGCGGAUGUUUCUGGUGUUGCCCAGCCGCUUAAGUGCAGACAGAAGGCAGCCCUCUCACCUGGCCUUCUUGUGGGAAACUUUAGGGUUUGCCAUUAAGGAUUUGGUCUUUCAGGGAAUUAUAGAAGAAGAAAGGUUAGAUUCUUUCAACUUGCCCCUUUAUAGCGUAUCUGAAGAUGAAUUAAGAUGUGAAAUCUACAGAGAAGGCUCUUUUACUAUUGUGGGACUUGAAGUUAUGAUUGGGGGACUUGGUAGUAGUACAAAUAAGUUGGAUGAUAAUGAGAAGGGAAAAUUUAUGUGUGCACAAGCGAGAGCAGUUUUAGAGAGUCUAAUUUCAUAUCAUUUUGGAGAAAGGGUAGUGGAAGCUAUCUUCAAUAGAUAUGCAGAGAUUCUUACAGCCAACAUCAUACAAGUUGAAGAAUAUAUGAACCAGUCACCAAUAACAGCAUUAACACUUGAACGAAAUGUCUCCAUUUCAACUAUGCCAACAAAGAUAAGUUGUUGUUGAC